AUGGGCGGUGACGCCGGCUACUCCGAUGACAACUUGCCCAUGAAUGAGGCUGGCCCGUUCAAAUUUGAGUCAGAUCUAUUCUCAGGUUGUUGCUAUUUGCGCCUAGCAGACACCAGUGAUGUGCCCAAGGAUUACUUCAAAGGGAAACGCCGUAAAAUGCAAGCGGUGGUGCAAGGCCAAUUCAAGAAGCCUAUGAACCUUUCGGAGGUAAUGACUGGGCAGGCUCUCAACCGACCCCUGAAAGGCAUCCCGCAUCCAACCAUCGUGAAAGCGGCACAAAAGAUAAUCCGAGCAUUGUCGCCCGGCGUGCAGUUUGACAUGUCAUCGGAUAGUCCGUAUGCCAUAAGUCCACUGGCUGGAACGGCACAGGUAUUGGAUGUGUCCAGGGAAGGUGAAGAGCCUGACGUUCGCUCGGAGAUUCAAGAAAACACGCGGCUGCUUGGAGGGGCGUUUGUUGCUGACCCUGGCAUGACAUCUGCACAGCGGAAGCGGUUCCUGUCCAACAAGGCGGACGCGGAGAAAUUUACCUUCCAGCCCGACCUAGUGUACACAUUUGAUUUCUACCAGGACCGCAUGAAUGCGGCAACAUGGACUGUGGAUAUGACAUUCAAGCAGUUCAAGCUAAUCAACCAUCUCAAUCGUCAGCCAGUGCAAUUGAUGGCGAUGACGCAGGACAGGCACUUUCUGUACAAUUUCGAAAUUUGGCACGAAUCUUUGUUAGAUGAAAACUUUGUCAAGAAAUGCGAAGAGUCGGCUAACACCGAGGAAAACCUCACGGAGGAAGAAAUCGAAAAGCUGCAGCGAGCUGAAGUGUGA